AUAGAUCGUAGGGGUAUACAUCUGUACAAAUAUAAGUAAAGCCAAUGUAAUGGUACUUACGAGUUAUCAACUGAAUUGGAUGGUUUUGUCAUUUUUACUAUAAAUUCAAUUUGAAAAUGACGAUAUGUUACUGGAGGAAAAUUCUCUCAGUACUUUGUUUCGUACAAAUCGUUUCUGUGUCUUGUGGGCCAAUGAGAAAUUAUACCAACGGAUAUCAUCCCGCUGGAGGAGCAGAUCCUCGAUAUUUAAACUAUGGAGAGGGCGUCGUGAUACCAAAUCUUGUAAACCCCAGAAUACCUGGUCCAGAAAUAUCAUUAACGCCUCGCCACCACUUGGAAAAAUACAUAGGAGUUCGUCCAGGGCCCCUGGAGUAUGAUUAUAUUACGGAAUACGGCGAGGAGUAUUACGAAAACUAUGACGAUAUUUCUGAGGAUGUUGUUGUCCCAGAAAUAACAAUUCCAAUAGAAUAUCAUGAAGAAUCUACAAGCAUCCAAGAAGAUGUUGAAAUAGAAAAAGAACCGAGUUCAAAGGCAACCACUGUGACGUACAAUAUUCACGAAUACUACUCAACUGGAGAAGUCGAAACUCAUGAAAAUGGAAUCAAUAAUUCGACGACAGUAAGCGGAAAAAUCCAUUGUAGAGAUGGCGGUCGAGGAUACAGAUCAGGAGAAUUGUUCAAGCUUUCGGCUGAUCCAUGUACAACAUGUAGAUGUAGCAGAUUCGGUCCGCAAUGUAAUAGAACUGAGUGUCAACCACUUCCGAGCGGAUGUUUUGAAUUGAUACAAAGACCGGAUGAAUGUUGUCCCAUUUGUCUUAGAGAAGGCUGCACAUUUCGUAACAGGACUUUUUCAUCUGGCGAGUCGAUACAGUUGACAGCUUGUGAAACUUGUCAAUGUGGAGAUGAUGGUCGUAUGUACUGUAGUGUGGCGGAUUGCACACCACCUCCAUGCGUGGAUGCUUCAAUCGUAGAAGGUCAAUGUUGCUACGUUUGCCCAAACGGGCCCAACUGCUAUACAACCAUUCUCGAUAUUAUUCCAAUGAGACAAGAAUGGGUUCCUGAUCAUUCCAGAAGAUGCAUCAUAUGCAGAUGCUGGCAUAAGCCAGGAAGUGACCAAUUGUGGAUGGGAAAUAGAAUGGCUGAAUGCAAGCGGGAUCCUCGAUGCGACAAAUAAUACUGAGCAGCAAGUAAAUUAUAAACAGCUUAUCGGAAGAGAAUAUAGCAUUGAAGAAAAGCCGAUGAAUGUAGACUAAUGGUCUUUGAUCGAAGACUGCAAUGUGCGGAAAAAGAACGAAAUCGGGCAGGACCCGACUAAAAGAAGUGAAAGAAGCUGAAUCAUAUAUA